CCAGACCAUAUGCUUCGUGGUUAUAUAGUUCCAGAAAAUCUAGUCGUGCCUGCUUGGCAUACUGGAAGAACCUGGAUGGUAGGAAAUUUCAACCAUGAAGCUUCUACAAGAGUAGUCAAUCCAAUGCCCCAAGGAUACAGAGUCCCACAAAGUCCAAGUGAACCUCCCACAUGCAGUGAAAGGAACACAACGAACAUAAAUUUGAGUGAGUUUCCUGCAAAAAAUGAUCAGUCAAAGUUUGCUACCAAUCCUAAUGACCAGAUUGGAGCUUCUUUUGGCCUUUGUGAUUCUCACUUCUCAGAUGUUCAUGCAAUAGGUAAAAAGAGAGGAUAUGACACUAUCACCGAUCAUCAGGUUUCUUUUGAUGCAUACCUUGAACAAUCGAAUAGCAGAAGGCAGUUCUAUAGUGACCCCCUCUCCACCAGCUCGGAAACGUAUCUUCUAACCGAAACAUGCAAGAGGAUGAGAUCAGAGAAUCAUAGCAGUUGGUUGGAUGGAUUCAUUGGAAAUGUUUCAUCCACAUCGGCAAAUCUGUCUGGUAAUUGGAAUACAAAUAAUGUUUUGGCAAUAAACCAUGGAGUGUGUACAACCUUGGCUGAUGUACAAAGGUCGAUGGCCCUUGAGGAAUCAAGAUCUUCCCGGCAAUACACUGACCCUACUCUGCCCUGCACUAGCAACACACAUUUUAUCGGUUCAUGUGCACAACACACAAACUCGCCUGACAGUGCCAUGAACUCACUGGGAGAAAAUAUUGGGCACAGGAAUGGAGACCAUCAACUUGAGUCUUUAGAAAUCAGGCCUACUCAGCAUUACACCAGUGAGUGUCUUGGUUUACCCAAUGAGUGGUCUGGACAUUUAUCAGCUGGGCACACACAUUUGCCCAAUGAAACAAUGAUCCCAUCCAUAAAUAAGAAUUGGAGCUGUUCGGUGGCUUGGGCUGCAUCUGCAGCACAGCCAACAGCGACAGUGUCGCAAGUAGCAAGUGCUGCAGCAGCCACAUCCACAGCCCAGCCAUCUGAACAACGCGAUUAUAUCCCAAGCAGUGGUGUUCAUCAACCUCAGCCUUUGGAGAACCAGAUGGUUAAGGGGCAAGAUUUGUGUCAAACACAUAAAACUUCCACAAAAUAUGUCGCUGAUGGAAAUCCCUCCAUUAAUACUCCUGUGGAGCAUAUCCAAAGAACACCUAUUGAAGUUAUGUCCAGUUUUCAAUCAGUGAACCGACCGGCAACAACUAAGAACUGCCAUCUAGAGGCUUCUAGAGAAACCACAUCAGCUAACCCCACCGAGAAGCCAAAAGUUUGGAGCCGGCCAAGGAAAGAAGUAGAACCCGUUGGGAAGCCAAAAGCUAGGGGCCAUCCAAAGAAACAAGCAGAACCCGAUGAGAAGCCAAAAGCUAGGGGUCGUGUAAGGAAAACAACUGAAGCUAAUGGGAAGGCAGAAGAUAGAGAUCCUACAAUGAAAGAAAAUGAUGGUUGUGAAAUUAUACCAUCAUCACUGGAUUAUUUAGAAGCCAUAAUUGAGAAGUUGAAGCUCUUAAGCAUCAACAUGACAUCAAACAAUACCGUGGAAGAGACACCAAAAGAUCUUGGUGCAUUGGUUCCCUUAGAGGGAAAGGUAAAGAAAAGAGGUUCUCGGGCCGAAGUGAAAAUUGAUCCAGUCACCAAUUUGAUGUGGAACUUAUUAAUGGCGCUAGAUAAGUGUGAAGGUGUUGAAGGAAUUGAUGAAGAUAAGGAGAGGCUUCUUGAAGAAGAAAGAAGAAUGUUCCGAGGACGGAUUGAUUCAUUUAUUGCUCACAUGCAUCUGGUUCAAGGCGACAGGCGUUUUUCACCAUGGAAAGGGUCAAUUGUGGACUCGGUUGUGGACGUCUUUCUUACUCAGAAUGUUUCAGACCAUCUUUCUAGUUCUGCUUUCAUGGCGCUUGCCGCGAGGUUCCCUGUCAAGUCAGAAGGCCCUGAGAAGCCUGCAGCAGUGGAGAAGUCUACUCCUACACCUCCUAAACAGAAAGAUAGUUGUUCUGGAGUGUUGGGUGAAUCUGCCAAGUUGCAAGGUAAUUUCUUUGUUGAAGAGAUAGGUGACUUGGGAUCAUUCAAUACUGUGGAUGAUGGGUCUCUUGAGGGUGUUCUUUCCUCGCAAAAUUCCGUGGUUUCACCUCGGAAUUUCUCUAAAUAUCUUCUAAACGGAACAUAUACAAUGGGUUCUUCUAGCUCAUUGGUGAAAUUCACACAAGAGGUUGGAUCAUCAGGAUGUCAUCAAGUCAGUGUUCUUCCAACCUCAGAUCUGAACAAGGCCGCACCGUUUGAUCUAGACACGACAUAUCAGAUCUGUACAGGACUUGAUCAUGGAGUGAAUAUCUCAGAUGUCGCGCAAUCCGAAGUUAGUCUCUAUCAGCAGCAUCCAAUUGAUGCUUCUAUCAACAAAAACAAAGCCAAAGUGACAGAUUAUUCAUCGGGCAGCUUCUUAUAUGAUAAUAGAGAUGGGUCAUUGAGUCAGCACAUGUAUUCUUCUUUCCCCUUUCAGCCUUCACAGGAAGCUGAAUGCUCAGCAACAGUUAAACAAAGCUUCUUCCAGCAAUUUAUUAGUUCAGAGGAAGUGCCCAUUUCUACCGGUCACUCUUUUUAUGACAAUAGUUUUACUAGUAACAGAACUGAAGAUCCAUAUGUAGAACAGCAGGAUUGUUUCAAUAAUUUGCAAGAAGCAUACACUACAAGAACAAUCCAGAUCAAUAGUGAAAGAUCUCAACCAGAAUGCAGCCAGCAGCAGGACAACGAUAUCAGAGUUCAAGCAAAAACAUGUGAAAAGCAUUCCUCUUCAAACUUGUGUGGAAACAUGAACUCUCAUUCAGAUGUUCCCCUAGGAAUUGCUUCAGGCUCAAUUGGAAAAUCCAAACAUACUGAAAAGAGACCAAAAGCUAGGAAUGUGCGGGGUCGGACUAAAAUGAAACAUUAUGACUGGGAUAAUUUACGAAAAGAAGUGCUGCACAAUCAUGGGAACAGACAAAGAAGUGACAAAGCGAAGGACACAAUCGAUUGGGAGGCAGUAUGCCAAGCAAAUGUGAAUGAAAUAUCUUUUGUUAUCAAAGAGUGAGGAAUGAAUAACAUGCUAGCCGAACGGAUAAAAGACUUUCUAAACCGGCUGGUGAGAGACCAUGGAAGCAUUGAUCUUGAAUGGCUAAGAGAUAUUGAACCCGACAAAGCAAAGGGCUUCCUUCUGAGCAUUAGAGGGCUUGGACUAAAAAGCACGGAGUGUGUUCGUCUUUUGACACUACACCAAAUGGCUUUUCCAGUGGACACAAAUGUUGCACGGAUAUGCGUGAGGCUUGGAUGGGUGCCACUUCAACCCCUUCCGGAGUCUCUUCAACUACACUUGUUGGAACUGUACCCCUUGCUGGAACACAUACAGAAAUAUAUUUGGCCUCGAUUGUGCAAGCUUGAUCAAUUGAUAUUGUAUGAGCUUCACUACCAAAUGAUAACUUUUGGAAAGGUUUUCUGUUCAAAAAGCAAGCCUAAUUGCAAUUCAUGUCCAAUGAGAGCUGAGUGUAAGCAUUUUGCUAGUGCAUUUGCAAGUGCACGGCUCGCUCUUCCUGGACCUUCAAAGAAGACUUCUAAACCAGAAUAUCCAAAUGAUGCAGAGAGCAGUCACAAAAAAUACACACAUUCAAGGCCUAUGGGCCAACUUAGCUGGAACACGAACCAUCCUGGGCAUGUUUAUGGUGACCAAUAACAACCUAUCAUCGAAGAACCAUCAACCCCAGAACCUGAACCUGACAUUGCAGAGGCAAGAGAGGCCGAAAUAGAGGAUUUUUUCAGUGAAGAUCCCGAUGAAAUUCCUAUUAUAAAUCUUAAUGUCGAGGAGUUUGCACAGAACUUGAAAAGUUAUAUUCAUGCAAACAAUAUCGAGAUCGAAGAUGCUGACAUGUCGAAUGCACUGGUUGCCAUAAGCCCUCAAGCUGCUUCAGUUCCAACUUCCAAGCUCAAGAAUGUCAACCGCUUGAGGACUGAACACCAAGUUUAUGAGUUGCCAGACUCACACCCUCUACUGGAAGGAUUUGAUCAAAGAGAACCAGAUGAUCCCUCCCCAUAUCUUCUUUCUAUAUGGACCCCAGGCAAGCUCAUGUGCUCCCAUCCAACCUUUACUCUUAUACAGGUUAUACUGAUGAUAAAAAUUUCAACAGGUGAAACGGCACAAUCAACUGAUGCACCCAAGACAUUUUGCAACUCCAAGGAAACUGGUAAACUCUGUGAGAGUUCGACAUGCUUUAGCUGCAACAGUACACGGGAAAUGCAGUCUCAGAAAGUUAGAGGAACCCUUCUGAUACCAUGCCGAACAGCGAUGAGAGGAAGCUUUCCACUUAACGGGACAUAUUUUCAAGUUAAUGAGGUAUUUGCUGAUCACUACUCCAGCAAAAAUCCAUUUGAUGUUCCACGAAGUUGGAUAUGGAACCUCCCAAGACGAACAGUUUACUUUGGAACCUCAGUUCCUACAAUAUUUCGAGGUUUGUCAACUGAAGAGAUACAACAUUGCUUUUGGAGAGGAUUUGUGUGCGUCAGGGGCUUUGAUAGGGAAUUGAGGGCACCAAGACCGCUUUACGCAAGGCUUCAUUUUCCUGCUAGCAAGGCUUCAAGAGGCAAAAAGCCUGCAACAGCAAGAGAAGAAGAAUAGGUCAUUGAAGAGGCCAAAAUUAAAGAAUACAUAUAAAUGAGCUAAGCAAAGCAUGGAUAGCCCCCAAAAUGGAGUGUUGACCCCUAACAAGUGUCUGAAUCAUCUCUAAGAAAAUGACUUGUCAGAUGUAGUGAACGCCAGUACCUUGUGACCUUGUGAUGCUGAUGUAACUCAAUUCAGCAAAUGAACAAUAUAGGUCUUAGUGCAGCCAUUGUAAUUGUAUUCGUCACACUAACAAUUGUUGUACAACAGUCUACAGAAGGAUGACCCUCAGGUAUAGAAUGGCCAUACACGCCUGUUGAUCGUUUGUAUAGGCAUUGUAAACUCAUCGGUAAUCAGUCAUAAGAACAUGUGUUUUUCGAGGAUGAGCCCUCGGG